UACAGUGGAGAGAUCAUUUGGAAUUGCGAUACAAUAGCUCUUCAGAGACUGGAAGAUGUCGGUGGCAGAGGGAAAGGCACGAAGUUCGAUAGAGAAGUCAAAAAAGUGGAAUCUAUGGAAGCUGUUUCCUCACGUUUUUCUCAUACUUUCACUCGUCGGAUAUGCAGCCUUGGGAGCGGUGCUAUUCUGGUACAUAGAGGGAGGGCGUGUGUACAACACAGAAGGGGAAUAUCGUGAGUUUUUGGGUGAACUGGUGCGCACAAUUCAGAAUUAUCCAGUUAAUUCGUCCAGCAAUUCUACUCAAGAACAAGAUUUGGUAAAAGAACUAGAGAAAGAAAUCAACAGGGGGUUCAAGUCCAUAUGGCUUCAACGUCCAGAGCGAUGGACAUAUGAUGCAUCCUUGUUCUUCUGCUGUACUGUAUUCACAACCGUGGGUUAUGGAGAGAUCUAUCCGGUGACCCUGAAUGGUAAGGUGGUCUGUAUCCUGUAUGCCAUGGUGGGUAUCCCCCUCAUGCUCCUGGUCAUCACAGAUGUGGGAGACCUCAUGGCCGUGCUCCUGUCCAGGGCCUACAUCCACCUGCACAAUCUCUUCUGCAGGUUGCGUCAAUAUGGCCACUGGUUCCCCUCCCAUCACACAGAGAAGCCAGGGGACGGGGGCCAGGGGGGCCUCCAGGACGGAACCUACACAUUCAGCCACAAGGUGGUGGUCCGGGAGCCCAUCGACAUCCGACAGGUCCUUCACAGCCAGCAGUCUGUGAAUCGCAAGCCCAACCAGUUGCUGAACAACACAAAGAUCUUUGACUGCAUCAUUGCACGAGAGAACUUCAACAGGCAGGGCCCACUGGUGCGGAGCCUUUCUUGCCAUGAGCUGGACAGCAUGCUUCCCUUGCCCAAGGACUUUGCCAUCUGGGACUUCACAGGCAUCGGGGAGAGUAUGGACAAGCUAAACGUCCCGCUGCUCCUCAUCCUGGUGGUGGUGUUUGCCUACAUCCUGUUUGGAGGCCUCAUCCUGCCCCUGUGGGAGACAGAGUUCAACACCUUUGACGCCUACUACUUUUGCUUCAUCACCCUCACCACCAUCGGCUUCGGUGACAUCGUGCCCAACCACCCCAAGUACUUCAUGCUCACCUUCGUCUUCAUCAUCACGGGCAUGGCCAUCAUGUCCAUGGCCUUCAAGCUGGGCCAGUCACGCAUCGUCAGCUGUUACCGCCAGUGCAUGCGCUGUAUCAGCGGGGGGAAGGUGGAGAGGUAUGACAAUUUGGGGAGCGACUGAAUCGAAGAGUUUUGGCCACCAUCGGGCAGCUCAA